AUUUUUCAACUUUUUUCAUGCCAUCUUGAACUUUUUUGUUAUAUGUGACAUGUCUUUCUGUCAAAAUCAAAUAUCCAGCUAUAUAUAUCUGUGUUAAACCCAAGUAUUCAGUAUACUGAUUCGACUGCAUUGCAGGCAGAUUCAGCAUAUCCCCGGACAUUUUGCCACAAUGCGGUCGUUAUUCCUUCUCGCAUUCUUCUGCCUGGUGGGCUGGUCGACCUCUCAAAGGUGCCCAGCUCGGUACAUCAGAUUUACACCUCAACAUACUUAUUGCUUAUCCCCUAACCCGACAUGCCAAGUGAAGCGCAAGGGUGUCUCCGAACAAGACAAACAGCUCAUCCUCAGACUCCAUAAUCAGUUUAGAAGCAAAGUUGCGAUGGGAAAUGAAGACAGGUCUAUAGGAGGGGCCUUGCCCCAAGCAGCCGACAUGAUGGAAAUGGUGUGGGAUGACGAACUCGCUGCUGUUGCCCAGAAAUGGACAGAAAACUGUGAAUGGGGCCACGAUUGCGGAGAAUGCAAAGCAGUUGAAAAUUUCGCCGUUGGUCAAAAUCUUGCUAUUCAAAAUUGGUCUCCAUGUUAUGGGCCUGGAUGCCAGGAACCGAGCAACGAACCCGAUUGGACAUGGGCUAUAACGGCACUCUAUGACGAAGUUGUGGACUACCGCGUAAAUUGGUUAGACAGUUUCACAAAACACCCAGGACCAAAGACAGGCCAUUUUACACAGCUGGUAUGGUCUAAAUCCUGGAGAAUCGGAUGUGGUUACUCGUAUUACAAACAGGCAGGAGGCUUCCACCUCUAUUACGCAUGCAACUAUGGACCUGGAGGAAACGUUGAGGGAGAACCCGUGUAUAAAACAGGACUGCCUUGCUCUUCUUGCCCAACCAAUACCCAGUGUUCACCAAGCAGCAGAUUUGCAAAGGGCUUCCCAGGAUUAUGCAGAAUGGAAGAUGCAAGUAAAGCCCCAGUUUACCCAGAGAGAAACAGACGCCUCCUUUUCCUCUGCGAUUUCACGAGCCCCGAAAGCAACUGCGCAGCUGAAAUAACAGGAAGUCUUAACUGGGAAAAAGUAUUCUCCGUUGGAGGCAACUACAACUCCAUUAUUCUGAAUGGAGGAAGGUCUACCACCGUGACAUUCAAGAACCCCAUCACACCGCACCAAGGCGCCUUCUGUCUCAUCGUCAAUUUCCGAAAGGGCCCUCUGGAUGCUUCGAGAAGCGACGAAAGUAGUUUCAAGGCCAACUUCAAAAUGGACUAUGCCGUGGCUCCCCCCAUGGAACUCAAUCCGAGAUCAACCACUUUCAAACAAUUCAAUAUCGACCUCGGUUGGGGAAUAAAAACAACACUUGGAUUUACUUUCUCCGUCCCAGGAGGAGCUGCACAACACGUUCUGGACAUCAGAAAAGUCGUGGCUUUCGACGGAACAUGCGAUUCAAUAAACGAACCAAUAAUAUUUUAAAUGGCCUAUUUUUUGUAACACAUCAUGUUUAAUAUUAAUGUAAUAUUGAAAUAAUAAAGAAUUUAUUUCUUAAA